UCGCGCUGCUGCAGCCGGCCGGUCCGCCGGCCGCCGUCGCCGCCCCCGUUCCGGCGCUCGCCUCCGAUGUGCCCACUUUCACGGCGCCGCGACGGCCAAACCUGGGCCGCGAGGGCCGCGGCAUCCAGCUGCGAGCGAACCACUUCCAGAUCACCAUGCCGCGCGGCUUCGUGCACCACUACGACGUCAGCAUCCAGCCGGACAAAUGCCCCCGCAAGGUCAACAGAGAGAUCAUCGAGACGAUGGUGAAGGCGUACGCCAAGAUCUUCAGCACGAUGAAGCCGGUGUUCGACGGCCGGAGCAACAUGUACACGCGCGACCCCCUGCCUAUCGGCAAGGAGAAGGUGGACCUGGAGGUGACGCUGCCCGGCGAGGGCAAGGACCGCGUCUUCCAUGUGUCGAUCCGCUGGAAAGCGCAGGUGUCGCUGUAUCAGCUGGAGGAGGCGCUGGAGGGCCGCCAGCGCGCCAUCCCCUACGACGCCGUGCAGGCGCUGGACGUGGUCAUGCGCCACCUGCCGUCCAUGAAGUACACGCCGGUGGGCCGCUCGUUCUUCUCGGCGCCCGAGGGCUACUACCACCCGCUGGGCGGCGGCCGCGAGGUCUGGUUCGGCUUCCACCAGUCGGUCCGGCCCAGCCAGUGGAAGAUGAUGCUCAACAUUGAUGUGUCGGCCACGGCCUUCUACAAGUCUCAGGCGGUGAUCGAGUUCAUGUGCGAGGUGCUGGACAUCCGCGAGGUCAGCGAACAGCGCAAGCCGCUCACCGACUCGCAGCGUGUCAAGUUCACCAAGGAGAUCAAGGGGCUGAAGAUCGAGAUCACGCACUGCGGCACCAUGCGGCGCAAGUAUCGCGUCUGCAACGUCACGCGCCGGCCGGCGCAGAUGCAGUCUUUCCCGCUGCAGCUGGACAACGGCCAGACGGUGGAGUGCACAGUGGCCAAGUACUUCCUGGACAAAUAUAGGAUGAAGCUGCGCUUCCCGCACCUGCCCUGUCUUCAAGUCGGCCAGGAGCACAAGCACACUUACCUGCCACUCGAGGUGUGCACCAUUGUGGCCGGCCAGCGCUGCAUCAAGAAGCUGACCGACAUGCAAACGUCCACCAUGAUCAAGGCGACGGCGCGCUCGGCGCCGGAUCGCGAGCGCGAGAUCAACACGCUCAUCCGCAAGGUGUGGGCCGACUUCAACACGGACCCGUACGUGCAGGAGUUCGGCCUCAACAUCGAGCAGAAGAUGAUGGACGUGCGCGGCCGCGUGCUGCCCCCACCCCGGCUGCAGUACGGCGGACGGACGAAACAGCAGGCGGUGCCGAACGCCGGCGUCUGGGACAUGCGCGGCAAGCAGUUCUACAGCGGCGUCGAGAUCCGCGUCUGGGCCAUCGCCUGCUUCGCGCCUCAGCGCACCGUGCGCGAGGACGCGCUGCGCAACUUCACGCAGCAGCUGCAGAAGAUCUCCACCGACGCCGGCAUGCCCAUCAUCGGACAGCCGUGCUUCUGCAAGUACGCCACCGGGCCCGACCAGGUGCAGCCCAUGUUUAGCUACCUCAAGGGCAACUUCCAGGGCCUGCAGCUGGUGGUGGUGGUGCUGCCCGGCAAGACUCCCGUCUAUGCCGAAGUGAAGCGCGUCGGCGACACGGUGCUCGGCAUCGCCACUCAGUGCGUGCAGGCCAAAAACGUGAACAAGACGUCUCCGCAGACGCUCUCCAACCUCUGCCUCAAGAUCAACGUCAAGCUGGGCGGCGUCAACAGCAUCCUGGUGCCCAGCAUCCGGCCCAAGGUGUUCAACGAGCCGGUGAUCUUCCUGGGCGCGGACGUGACGCACCCGCCGGCCGGCGACAACAAGAAGCCGUCGAUCGCGGCCGUGGUCGGCUCGAUGGACGGCCACCCGUCCCGGUACGCGGCCACCGUGCGCGUCCAGCAGCACCGCCAGGAGAUCAUCCAGGAGCUGAGCUACAUGGUUCGCGAGCUGCUCAUCCAGUUCUACAAGUCGACCCACUUCAAGCCCAACCGGAUUAUCAUGUACCGGGACGGCGUGUCCGAGGGCCAGUUCCAGCCGGUGCUGCAGCACGAGCUGGCCGCCAUCCGCGAGGCUUGCGUCAAGCUGGAGGUGGACUACAUGCCGGGCAUCACGUUCAUCGUGGUGCAGAAGCGCCACCACACGCGCCUCUUCUGCUCCGACAAGAAGGAGCAGAGCGGCAAGAGCGGCAACAUUCCGGCCGGCACCACCGUCGACUCGCAGAUCACGCACCCGACCGAGUUCGACUUCUACCUCUGCUCUCACCAGGGCAUCCAGGGCACGUCCCGUCCCAGCCACUACCACGUGCUCUGGGACGACAACCGGUUCGACUCGGAUGAGCUUCAGCAGCUGACCUACCAGCUGUGCCACACGUACGUGCGCUGCACCCGCUCCGUCAGCAUCCCGGCGCCGGCGUACUACGCCCACCUGGUGGCCUUCCGCGCCCGCUAUCACCUGGUGGAGAAGGAGCACGACAGCGACCCGACCUACCAUUCGUCGUGCUCGGGCGAGGGUUCGCACCUGUCGGGCAACUCGGACGACCGCACGCCUUCGGCCAUGGCACGCGCCGUCACCGUCCACCAGGACACCAACCAGGUCAUGUACUUCGCCUGAGCGCCGCCACCGCCUCCGCCGCCGCCGCCGCCGUCUGCUGGCGACACGCCGAGCCGGCGCCGCCUGCCAGCGCGACUAGGGGACAAUUUGUACAUAGUGGAGCGGCACCGCCGCGCCGACGUGGGCCGACGGUGGCGCCGCCUGUCCGCCGGCAGCGACCGACCUCGACGCGCCACUCAC